AUGUGGUUCGUUUCCUUGGUCGCUAGCAUAGCCGCUGCUGCUCUCACUGCCGCCGCCGUUGCGCCGGCUCUGUCCACCAGCUCCACCGCGUCCUUCGCUGUAGCAGCCUCGCCAGCCUCGGCCGUCUGCGAGGAGCUGCGCACAACGCUCCCACCAUCCUGCGUCCUCAUCCCCUCGAGUAACAACGACGCCGCAUACACAGCUGCGCGCACCAACGGCUUCAACCCGCUCAACAACGUCCUUCGGCCCAUCUGCAUCGUGCAGCCGGCAACAACGCAGGAAACUGCCACGGCCAUGCGGAGCAUCUAUGCGCACGCUGCACCGUACGCGGUGCGCGCAGGCGGGCACACGGGCAUGGCGGGCUGGGACAGCGUCGCUUCCGGCAUCCUCCUCGACCUCUCGCGCCUGACAGGGUUCCACUACGAUGCGGCCGCAGCUGUGGUGCACGUGGGGCCCGGGCUACGCUGGGAGCAGAUCUACGAGUACGCCGAGGAGCAUGGCGUGGCUCCGAUGGGCGGACGUGUAGGGCAUGUAGGCACGGGCCUGCUGCUUGGGGGUGGGCUGAGUCUGCUCUCCCCGCUGUACGGCUAUGCGUGUGACGGCAUCAUCGCCGCUGAGGUCGUUGCUGUUGACGGUGGUAUACGAUGGGUAGAUGCGGAGUCGGAUCCUCAGUUGUUGCGUGCGAUCAAGGGCGGCGGUGGCCGGGUCGGGAUCGUCACGCGCUACAUCCUGCGCGCGUUCUCCACGGGCACACGCGAUGAGAAGCGCUGGUUCGGCGGCACCGUCACCUCGCUCGACCGCACCGGCAUGGAUGCCAUGGUCCGCCUGACCGAGCAAUUCGUCGCACAGCCACGGGACGACGCGCGUGCAACCGUGCUCACCAACGUCGGCCUGCUCAAGCACAACAGCUCGACGCUGUGGCUCGGCACAACGUUCCUCUUCUACAAGGGCACGCAGCAGGACUUCGAGCGAGUGUUCCAGCCGAUGCUAGCAAUCGAUGGGGCAGCGGUGGAUGUGAAGCCAAUGAGCUACUACGAAGUCACCAAGGUGACGCCCUUAGGCUGGAGCUCGAGUCAGGCAUAUAAAUGGAUCGGCGGCUCGCUAUACCCUUCGCGUUCUACCAAGACGUACUCCUCGCUGUGGUCCAGCGUCCAAACGUUCCUCGCGCAACACGAGCACACGCUCGACUCGGCUUUCCUCUCCUUCACCCCCGUUCGAACACACCAGAUUGACGCCGGCUACCUCGUGGGCGGGAACGCCCUCUCGCCCCCACGCGGGCGGAGCUACAGCCACUGGCUGUUUAGCAACAUCCUCGCUCCUGGAACCACCGCUUUUCCGCCCGAGUUGGAGCUGGAUCGGUUGCGGUUGAUCAAGGAGAACCCGCCAAGUGCCGGGUUGCCGUUGCUGCUGAAUGAGGUGGAUGCGAGUCAGAAGGUGUUUGAGACGUACGGGUGGUUCGAGGAGUUGAAGCGCGUGUAUACGAGGGUGGAUCCGAGCGGGUUCAGUGUCAAACAUCAGCAGGGGCCGGUGUUGUAG